AUGGGGGACACAAGAGACAUCUGUCCUCACCUGGACUCCAUAGGAGAGGUGACCAGGGAUGAUCUGCUGCUCAAAUCCAAGGGAACCUGUCAGUCCUGUGGAGCUGUGGGACCAAACCUCUGGGCUUGUCUGCAGCUCGGAUGUCCUUACGUUGGCUGUGGGGAGUCCUUUGCCGACCACAGCACACUGCAUGCCCAGGCCAAGAAGCACAACCUGACGGUGAACCUGACCACGUUCCGGCUCUGGUGCUACGCCUGCGAGCGGGAGGUGUUCCUGGAGCCUCGGCUGCCCCCUGCCAGCACCCAGCUGGUGGGUCUGGGCCACAGCCUGCAGGGCACAGAUUCCCCACUGCCUGCUCACCCCCUGAAGGCUGUUCCCAUUGCAGUGGCUGAUGAAGGAGAGUCUGAAUCUGAGGAUGAUGAUUUGAAACCAAGAGGCCUUACUGGGAUGAAGAACCUGGGGAACUCCUGCUACAUGAACGCAGCACUCCAGGCUCUCUCUAACUGCCCACCCCUCACCCAGUUCUUCCUGGAGUGUGGCGGCCUGGUCCGCACGGAUAAGAAGCCAGCCCUGUGCAAGAGCUACCAGAAGCUGGUGUCUGAGGUGUGGCACAAGAAACGCCCCAGUUAUGUUGUCCCCAGCAGCCUGUCCCAUGGCAUCAAACUGGUCAACCCCAUGUUCAGAGGCUAUGCACAGCAGGACACUCAGGAGUUCCUGAGGUGCCUGAUGGAUCAGCUGCACGAGGAGCUGAAGGAGCCUAUGGUGGCAGAGGGCAGGGAGCAGGAGAGCAGUGAGCAGGAGGAGAAGCGCGAGGGUGACCGCAGCCCCUCCGAGGAUGAGUUCCUGUCCUGUGACUCCAGCAGUGACAGGGGGGAAGGGGACGCUCAGAGUCGGACUUCCGGGUGCAUGAGCAGCAGCUCCCUGGCAGAGACAGAGCUGCUGAUCCAGGAUGAGGCAGGCAGAGGGAUCUCAGAGAAGGAGAGGAUGAAGGACAGGAAGUUCUCCUGCGGCCACCGGCGCAGCAACUCGGAGCAGGUGGACGAGGACGCGGACGUGGACACCACCAUGAUGGCAGUGGAUGGCAGAGCCUCACCUGAGGUGCUGCCAGCUCCCUAUCCUGCCAGCCCCUGCAGGACACCAGAGCCUGACAACGAUGCCUUCGUGCGCUGCUCCUCACAGCCCUGCAGCCCAGCCCACCCCGAGCUGCACCCCAAGCUCUCCAGCAGUCCUCCUCGCUCCAGUCCAGCCAGGAUGGGACCUUCCUAUGUGCUGAAGAAAGCCCAGGUGCAGGCCUCUGGCAAGAAGAAGAAAGAACUUCGCUACCGCAGCGUCAUCUCCGACAUCUUUGACGGCUCCAUCCUCAGCCUGGUGCAGUGCCUCACCUGUGACAGGGUUUCUACAACAGUGGAGACAUUCCAGGACCUGUCACUCCCCAUCCCAGGGAAGGAGGACUUGGCCAAGCUGCACUCUGCCAUCUACCAAAACGUGCCAGCUAAGCCUGGCAGCUGUGGGGACAGCUACAGCUCCCAGGGCUGGAUUGCUUUCAUCAUGGAGUACAUCCGGAGAUUUGUGGUGUCCUGCAUCCCUAGCUGGUUUUGGGGUCCUGUUGUGACACUGGAGGAUUGUCUUGCUGCCUUCUUUGCAGCAGAUGAGUUGAAGGGGGACAAUAUGUACAGCUGUGAGCGCUGCAAGAAGCUGCGGAAUGGAGUCAAAUACUGCAAGGUGCUGCGGCUGCCGGAGAUCCUCUGCAUCCACCUGAAGCGCUUCCGCCAUGAGGUGAUGUACUCCUUCAAGAUCAACAGCCACGUCUCCUUCCCCCUAGAGGGGCUGGACCUGAGGCCCUUCCUAGCCAAGGAGUGUGUCUCCCAGAUCACCACCUAUGACCUCCUCUCAGUCAUCUGUCACCAUGGCACUGCAGGCAGUGGACACUACAUUGCCUACUGCCAGAACGUCAUCAACGGGCAGUGGUACGAGUUCGACGACCAGUACGUGACCGAGGUGCACGAGACCGUGGUGCAGAACGCUGAGGCCUAUGUCCUCUUCUACAGGAAGAGCAGCGAGGAGGCAGUGCGGGAGCGGCAGAAGGUGGUGUCCCUGGCCAGCAUGAAGGAGCACAGCCUGCUCCAGUUCUACAUCUCCAGAGAGUGGCUCAAUAAGUUCAAUACCUUUGCUGAGCCUGGGCCCAUCACCAACCAGACCUUUCUGUGCUCUCAUGGAGGGAUCCCUCCCAACAAGUACCACUACAUCGAUGACCUGGUGGUGAUUCUGCCCCAGAACGUGUGGGAGUAUCUCUACAACAGGUUUGGGGGUGGCCCUGCUGUGAACCACCUCUAUGUGUGCUCCAUCUGCCAGGUGGAGAUUGAGGCCCUGGCCAAGCGCCGCAGGAUGGAAAUCGACACUUUCAUCAAGCUGAACAAGGCCUUCCAGGCAGAGGAGUCUCCAAGUGUCAUCUACUGCAUCAGCAUGCAGUGGUUCCGGGAGUGGGAAGCCUUUGUCAAGGGCAAGGACAAUGAGCCUCCUGGGCCCAUUGACAACACCAAGAUUGCACUCACCAAAGCUGGUGGCCAUGUGCAAGUCAAGCAGGGUGCUGACUAUGGGCAGAUCUCUGAGGAGACCUGGAUUUACCUGAGCACACUCUACGGGGGGGGGCCCGAGAUUGCCAUCAGGCAGAGCCUGGCCCAGCCCCAGGAGCUGGAGGCCCUGCACGGGGAGCAGAAGAUCGAGGCGGAGACGCGGGCGGUGUGA